AUGUCUUACGAUUUGCAAACCGCCGAGAAAGCUGCUUAUGCUCCAUUCUUCGGAUACAUGGGCGCCGCUUCCGCUCAAAUCUUCACCGUUUUGGGAGCUGCCUAUGGAACCGCCAAAUCUGCUGUCGGUAUCUGCUCAAUGGGUGUUAUGCGUCCAGAACUCAUCAUGAAGUCCGUCAUCCCAGUUAUUAUGGCUGGUAUCAUCGGUAUCUACGGUCUCGUCGUCGCCAUGGUCCUCAAGGGAAAGGUGCAAGCCUCGUCCGCUGGAUAUGACCUCAACAAGGGAUUCGCUCAUUUGGCCGCUGGACUAACCUGCGGUUUGUGCGGUCUUGGAGCUGGAUACGCCAUCGGUAUCGUCGGAGAUGCUGGAGUCCGUGGAACCGCUCAACAGCCACGUCUCUUCGUUGGAAUGAUCCUCAUUCUUAUCUUCUCCGAAGUUCUUGGACUCUACGGAAUGAUCGACAUGUCCGCUACGUCGGGCGAGUAUUGGCUGAUUUCGGUGCCAGGCGAGAAGGGCGCCAACGAUGCAUGGGACAAGCUGAAUCGCGCCACACAAAACGUCUCCACUAAUGCCAAGUUCCAGAUUCCUGACUUGAAGGUUGGAACUCUCGACCAGCUCGUAGGAUUGUCUGAUGACUUGAGCAAGUUGGACACUUCUGCCGAAGCUGUGAUUCGCAAACUUGUUCAAUACUUCACCGAAGUUCUCGAAGAAGAUAAGAGCAAGAUCAACGAGAAUCUUCAAAUCGGCAACAAGGACAUGAAGACGUACGUGACCAAGUUCCAAUGGGAAGGGGCUAAGUAUCCAUUGAAACAAUCGCUUAAGGUUCUUAGCGAGAUCAUUGGAAAGCAAAUCACCCAAGUUGACAACGACUUGAAGGCGAAGUCUUUAGCUUACAACAACUUGAAGAAUGCUUUGGCUUCGAUGGACCGUAAGACCACAGGAUCCCUUCUGACCAAAGAUCUUGCCGAUUUGGUGAAGGCUGAGGACUUUGUGCUCAACUCGGAAUACCUGCAGACCAUUAUUGUGGUUGUGCCGAAGAUCCUCGUCAAGGAAUGGGAAGCCAAGUACGCGACACUCUCCAACAUGGUCGUGCCGGGAUCGUCGAAGUUGCUUACCGAAGAAGGUGAACAUGCUUUGUACUCAGUCACCUUGUUCAAGAAGGUUAUCGAUGAGUUCAAGAACACCGCCAGAGAGAACAAGUUCAUCGUUCGUGACUUUGUCUACGAUGAGGAGACUCUUAAAGCUGGACGCACUGAACGCGAUAAGCUUUUGGCAGAGAAACAACGCCAAUAUGCUCCACUCAUUAGAUGGCUCAAGAUCAACUUCGGAGAAAUCUUCGCCGCCUACAUUCACAUUAAGGCAUUGCGCGUUUUCGUCGAAUCGGUUUUGAGAUAUGGCCUUCCCGUGAAUUUCCAAGCUGCUGUUGUCGAGCCGGCAAAGGGAACGCAAAAGAAGUUGCGACAGGAAUUGAACAAAUUGUACAUUCACCUUGAUGGAUCUGCAGCUGGACCAGUUGACACUGUCGAGGAUUCGCCAGCGUUGUUGUCGCUUGGUGUCAACGAAUACUACCCUUAUGUGUUCUUCAAGCUCAACCUCGACUUUACGCAAAAGUAG